GAAGUUGGUCUGAUCCUAAUAAAUCUGAACCAUUUGACCAAGAUGUAAUUACUGAAUCUCGUCAACAAAUCCAUCCUCGCGCUUAUUACACAAGCAAACUCUUACACUUUCCCGAGGAGGUAAAUGACUUUCUUCGUUGA